CACUUAUUGUCAAUGUUUACGUCAGAUUGGAAAAGUUAGAUUUCAUAAUCGGUGUGUUUUAAGUUACAAGUAAUUCAAAUCGUGAUAUUACAAUAAUAAUAAUAAAAAAGUCCAAGAAGAGAAGGCACGAUGCCUUCUAUAGACGUGAUGAUGCCUCCGGGGCAGCAGCAUGAAGGUCUGCCAGAGGAGCCUCAAGCGCCCCCGCCACCCGUUAUCGGCAUCAUAUAUCCACCACCUGAAGUCAGGAAUAUCGUGGACAAAACAGCAAGCUUCGUAGCCCGAAACGGCCCCGAAUUUGAGGCUCGUAUUAGACAGAAUGAACUCGGCAAUCCAAAAUUCAACUUUCUCAACUCUGGGGAUCCCUACCAUGCAUAUUACCAGCAUAAGGUCAAAGAAAUCCGGGAAGGCAAAGGUGAUACUAUUGGCCCCGCUCCAGUCGCCCCUGUCCAGCGUCCCGGCCUCGCUCCAGCCACUGCUGCCCGUCAACAGGAGCUUCUUAAAGCAGCCGCGCCUCUCGAACCACCGCCGCCUCGUGAUCCCCCUCCAGACUUCGAGUUUAUAGCUGAUCCUCCGUCUAUAUCAGCCCUCGAACUCGACAUUGUCAAACUUACUGCACAAUUCGUAGCCCGGAACGGUCGACAGUUUUUAACAGAUUUGAUGAAGAAGGAGGAAAGAAACCAUCAGUUUGACUUUCUGCGACCACAGCAUUCACUGUUCCAGUACUUCACGAGGCUAUUGGAGCAGUACACUAAGGUAUUGCUGCCGCCAAAGGAAUUAGUGUCAAAAUUGGGAGCGGAGAUUCGCAGCGGAGUGCUGGAGCAGGCUCGCAGUAGAGCCGCGUGGCAUUCGCACCAGGCGCGGAGGAAGGCGGCCGAUGAAGCCAAGAUAGAAAAAGAGAGACUCGCCUACGCUUCUAUAGACUGGCACGACUUCGUAGUAGUGGAGACUGUAGACUAUCCCGCGGGAGAACCGGGCGACUUCCCUCCGCCGACCACUCCGCUGGAAGUAGGAGCGAGGGUACUGGCCCAGGAACGAGGAGACGACAUCAUACAACCUAACGAGGAAGACGACACGGAGAUGCAGCUGGAGUCGGAAUCAGAGUCCGAAUCGGACGAGGACCUGGCCGAGAUGGAGGACAGGACGCACCAGCAACAACGACCCGACGACAACAGGGUCCAGGACAUGGAGGAGGAGUCCUCGUCAGACGACGACGGACCUUCCGAGGCCCGCGCCGGUGAGGAGGCUCCCAUGCCACCGCGGCCGGAUCGCGUAGUUGUUAAGAAGUACGACCCGAAACGCGCUAGACCGCAACCAGCUCCCGCUAGCGAGGAAUGGCUGGUGUCGCCCAUCACAGGAGAGAAGAUCCCCGCUAACAAGGUGACGGACCACGUGCGUAUCGGAUUGCUCGACCCUCGCUGGCUGGAACAGAGAGACCGCGCUGCAGCCGAGCGCUCAGAUAGAGACGAAGCCCUUGCUCCCGGGGCGGCUAUUGAAGCGUCGCUUAAACAGUUGGCCGAGCGUCGUACUGACAUCUUCGGUGUUGGAGACGAGGAGACAGCCAUCGGUAAGAAGAUAGGAGAAGAGGAGAAAAGACGCGACGAGAGAGUCACCUGGGACGGACACACGUCCAGCGUAGAGGCUGCGACCAGGGCGGCGCGGGCUCACAUCACACUGGAAGACCAGAUACAACAGAUACAUAAGGUCAAAGGUCUUCUACCUGAUGAGGAAAAAGAGAAGAUCGGUCCCAAGCCGGUGCCGCCAGGUCGUGUGGGGGUUGCGAUCAGACCGCCUCCUCCGCCCGCCCAGCCAAGAGUACAACCUCCAGCCGCCCCCGCGCCUGCCCCCGUCUUGCUGCAACCUAUACCACCACUGAUGGUAAUACCACCAAUGGCACCACGACCACCGCUGAUAGCCACCCAAGUCGCCACUCCCUAUGGGUACCCCGUCCCGGGAGUGCCCGCAGUCCCGGGGGUUCCGGGAGUCCAAGAUGAUGAAGAGCCUACAGCCAAGAGACCGAGGACUGAAGACGCUCUCGAACCAGAACAAGCGUGGCUUGCUUCUCACCCUGGAUCUGUACCUAUACAGGUGUCGGUGCCGAUGGCCCCCGAGCGUUCCGAGUGGCGCCUGGACGGGCGGACGCUGUCGCUCUCCCUGCCCCUGGCGGCUCCGGUCUCUGAACUCAAAGCAUCACUACAGCGAACCACUAACAUGCCCACCGCUAAACAGAAGCUCUACUAUGAGGGUCUAUUCUUCAAGGACACCAAUACCCUGGCGUACUACAACGUGCCUCCCGGAGCCGUCAUACAGCUGCAGAUCAAGGAGCGCGGAGGAAGGAAGAAGUAGUCGCAUACUGAACAUAUUAAAUGUAUUAGAAUGAUCCAUCUUGGCUUUCAAUAAAGUAUCAUUGCUAU